GCACCCCUGUGCUACCACUUCCUUCUGCUGAUUCGCGUGAAGGGUACCACCUUUCAGGCAUUCAUGGGUCAAAUGAACAUGGUGCCUGUGUUGGGCGAGUCUUUCAACCAGGUCUUUCCUUGUCUCAUCGUGCUUCUCUGCUGCUGCAAUAUCUUCAACGUGUAUUCACGUUUCUUGCAGUUCCUGACUCUCGGUAUCAUGGAUUUCGAUCUCGGUGCUGGAGCUGGUGGCGAUGACCCGCUGGGAGACGGAAAGCAACUCGUGGAUCGUGAGCGUCGUCGGCGUGCUGAGGAUGUUGAUCUUGAGCUUCAUGGCAGGGUGGCUCCUUUCUUUGCCUCAGCCGCGCCGGCGGGAGGUGUCUUCCUCAUUGUCAUUUCCAGCAAAGACUUCCAAUGGUUUCUUUGCAAGAGUCCUGUACAGUGUGAACAGCCGACCCAGAGACCACCUUUGCAAUUCUCAGAGAGGGACCCUCCUCUGCCAGAGUUCGUGCUUCACCUUGAUAGCUUGUUUGUGCUUGAUUUCGGAUUGUUUGCCCUGCGACGGUCCCAUGCUCAAGCAAAUGGACCGUGUGUUUCGCCUCCCGCUCUGCGCACGGCCGCCGCGAAGUGGCGAAGCCAAGCAACGCAGAGCUUGCUAGCUCCGUUCGGGCGUCCAGGCGACAAUUGGUUGAAUGCAUCGCCGACUUCGCCCGGACACAGAUUUCGGAUUGAACAGGCUGUGCAUCUCCGGUUCCGCUCCUGCGUUACAGGGCGAAACUGGAGCACACAAAACUUGCCCGGGGAUCGGGCGGGCCAGGAUAAGGUGGGCGGUAGCAGAUCGUCCACACCCGCGAAAGUGAAAUCGCGACUUGGUGGUCCGCACUCGCAGCUGGUUGGUCAACUUUCUUCAACUUUUGCCGCUCCUUUGGAAGAGUGCUGCACAUUGGAGAAUCUGCAUCGUGUUGCUCUCCAGAUAUCCGGGCGUGUUUCGACGCAUCGGAUGGCGUUUACAGCGCUGGCGACUGCAGUUUCUGGGCGGUGCGUGAGCAUGCUCCGGAGCGGUUUCUGGUCGAUGGAGGAAGCCGUGGCCGCGAUGCCUUUGUUGGGAGACCUCUGGCGCGCGGGCCUCUUGAAGGCACCCGGCACCGGCGACGCCGCCCGCGCCGCUGUAGCAAAGGCACUGGCGGUCCUGGUCUGUGGCCGCAAGGAGGGCCCAGGCUCGUUCUUGGGUCUCUCGAGACCUUCCUCCACGAGCAGCGGUUCGAGGGAGACUAUGGACCAGCGAUUGCGUCGAUGGUGCCGCAGCUGUGAGCUUUUCGAGGAUGCUGUAUCAAAGGAUCUCCUCACCAGAGAAGGUGGGACGUCCGUGCAGGAGCGGCUCUACGAGGAGCUAAAGCGAGCCUUGGCGGGAGCUCGAGAGCUCGAGCUACGAAAGGCCGCCGCACGGAUCAAGCUGGGCAGCGUCCCUCUUUGUCGUGGCUGUGGCCUCAUGGAGCGCCUUCGAAGGCGUCCCUUGACGGGUCCCUCGAACCCUGAUGUGAGUGAGACUGAAAACGCCGAGACGGACCAGCUGACGAAGGCGUGGCAAGCAGCAUCUGAAGCGGAAACCGUUGCUGCAGACACCAUUGCAGCAAUCACAUACGAG